GUCACGCAAGUGGAAAAAUGGAAAAACCUUCCCCUGACCGGUGAAAGAGCCAGUGUGUGUGCUGGAGGAGGAAAAUUCGGCCACCAGUGAGCUCCUCCUCCCCGCCCCUCUCUGCCCAGUUUCUCCCGUAAACUCGCACUAAUUACUGCCCGUUAUAAAGCGGCCUGACUGACUGUCCGUAACGCUUCUCCUGACUGAGAGGAGCUGAGUCUCUGCUGCCGGAGUUCCAGUCUUUUCAUGACUUCUUAUUUCCGUGUUCGUUAAAUACGGCAAGCCCCUUAACUGAGGAUUUUUUUCCAAACUGAGGAAAAAAAGCUCGAGCUGCUGGAAACGGUUAAGGCCUCACAAUGGAGCAGUCUCAGAGGAGGCAGCACCUAGUCGUUCUGUUGCUUAGCAUUUGGUUUCCAUCCCUCCUCGCUCAGACAACGCCCUCUUUACGACCAAGUCCCACGCCAACAUCCCAGUCACCUGAACGCCUGAAGUUCCGCCUGGCUGGUCACCCACGGAAGCACAACGAGGGCAGAAUUGAGGUGUUCUAUAAGGGCGAGUGGGGGACUAUCUGUGACGAUGACUUCUCGCUGGCUAAUGCCAACGUGCUCUGCCGCCAGCUUGGCUUUGUCUCUGCCACUGGAUGGGCACACAGUGCCAAAUAUGGCAAGGGCUCAGGUAAGAUCUGGUUGGAUAACGUACAGUGCAGUGGCAGUGAGAGGAGUAUAUCUGUCUGCAAGUCACGUGGAUGGGGCAACAGUGACUGCACUCACGACGAAGACGCCGGGGUGAUCUGUAAGGACGAGAGACUGCCGGGAUUUGUGGACUCCAAUGUUAUAGAGGUGCAGGUAGAUGAAAGGAAGGUGGAGGAGGUGCGUCUGCGGCCGGUGGUCACCACAGCUAGCCGGCGGUUGCCUGUGACGGAGGGAGUGGUGGAGGUGAAGUAUAAGGACAGCUGGGUCCAAGUCUGCGAUAAUGGCUGGACCCCCAAAAACUCACGGGUCGUCUGUGGCAUGAUGGGAUUCCCCCAUGAGAGGAAGGUCAACAAGAACUUCUACAAGAAUCUCAGAAAGAGAUCUGCUGAGCCAAAAGCCAAAGUUAGAGUUACAGCAGACAGGCAGGAUGCCAAAGCUAAAGCUAUCACUAAAGCUAGCUCUAAGUCUAAACCUGCCAAGCCGGCCGCAGCCAAAAGGCUGUAUGCGGAGCGUCAAAAGAACUACUACUUCGUUCACUCUGUGGCAUGUUUAGGCACAGAGGUGCACCUGGCUGCCUGUCCUUUGGAGUUUAAUCAGGGCAAUGCCACUGAGACAUGUGCAGGGGGCAUGCCUGCUGCAGUCAGCUGUGUGCCUGGACCAGAGUACGCCCAAAACCGUGCAAUGAAGAAAAAGCUCAAGACCUCGAGCACAGUGCGUCUGAAGGGUGGAGCAAGGCCAGGAGAAGGCCGUGUUGAAGUGCUAAAGGGAAGUGAGUGGGGAACGGUGUGUGAUGACCGAUGGAACUUGCAGGCCGCCAGUGUGGUGUGCAGAGAGAUGGGCUAUGGUUCUGCUAAGCUAGCCCUCACCGGAGCCCGCAUGGGACAAGGGAUUGGGCCGAUCCACAUGAAUGAGGUUCAGUGCACAGGUCAUGAGCGCUCACUACUGAACUGUAACUUUAAGAACAUCACAGCUGAAGACUGUAAGCACACAGAAGACGCCGCGGUGCGCUGUAACGUCCCGUACAUGGGCUAUGAGAAAACGGUGCGUAUCACAGGGGGCCGCUCCGGCUUCGAGGGCCGCGUGGAAGUGUUGCGAUCUAGUGCUAAUGGAACCCAAUACUGGGGCCUGAUCUGUGGAGAAGGCUGGGGGACCAAAGAAGCCAUGGUUGCGUGUAAACAGCUGGGCCUCGGAUACUCCAACCACGGCCUGCAAGUGCGGCUGGUGGGCGGGCGGGCGGAGUACGAGGGGCGAGUGGAGGUUCGGGUGGGUCAGCGGUGGGGGAGUGUGUGCAGUGAAGGUUGGACCACCAAAGAGGCCAUGGUGGCCUGCAGACAGCUAGGGCUGGGUUUCAGCAUGCAUGCUAUUACUGAAACGUGGUACUGGGAUGGCAGUAACGUGACGGACAUGGUGAUGAGCGGCGUGAAGUGCACGGGAGACGAGCUGUCACUCAGCCAGUGCCAGCACCACAAAACGGUCAGCUGCCAGAAAUCAGGCGCACGGUUCUCUGCGGGGGUCAUCUGCUCGGAGACUGCAUCUGAUCUGGUGCUGAAUGCUCCCCUGGUGCAGCAGUCGGUGUAUAUAGAGGACCGGCCGCUGCACAUGCUGUACUGCGCCGCAGAGGAAAACUGUCUGUCCUCAACAGCUUCCAAAGCAAACUGGCCUUACGGACACCGCCGCCUGCUCCGCUUCUCCUCUGAAAUACACAACAUCGGCCGGGCCGACUUCAGGCCUAAAGCUGGACGCCACUCCUGGGUCUGGCAUGCAUGCCACGGGCAUUAUCACAGUAUGGAUAUCUUCACUCACUAUGACCUGCUGUCCAUCAAUGGAACCAAGGUGGCAGAAGGACACAAAGCCAGCUUCUGCCUGGAGGACAACGAGUGUCAGGAGGGCGUGUCUAAGCGAUAUGAAUGUGCUAAUUUUGGAGAGCAGGGCAUCACAGUGGGAUGCCGGGAUUUGUACCGGCAUGACAUCGACUGUCAGUGGAUCGACAUCACAGACGUCAAACCGGGAAAUUACAUUUUGCAGAUUGUAAUAAAUCCUAAUUAUGAGGUGUCUGAAAGUGACUUCACAAACAACGGCAUGAAGUGUAACUGCAAAUACGAUGGCCACAGGAUCUGGCUUCACAACUGUCAUACUGGUGAUUCCUUCAGUGAGGAAGCAGAGAGGAAGUUUGAGAAAUACCCCGGUCAGAUCAACAACCAAAUCUCCUAAUGCAUCUCACCAAAUUCAUCAUAUAUUUUACUUAAUAAUCCAGACAAGAUCAUAUGCAACAUAUAGUGAGGGUUACAUCUAUGCCUUCAUUCAUCAUAACAUAAUCCAGUAUCAUAUAUGUACCGUACCUCACAUCACAAGACAGGAAUCAGUACUCCUCUGUAAACACUGACAGUAGAUCAGUAAAACACGGGCAUUAGAUUUGUGGAUCAGGAAUGAUCUGAAUGUGAUUCAGUCGAUUAAGUGACAUCAAGUAACACAUAGUGUUGAAAAGGGCCUUUGUUGGCAUAUCCUGUGGCACAGACUUAGGUGUUUGUUAAUGGUGCUAUGCCUUGCCUUUUAAAUAAGGCUUAAUCAACUGAUAUACCUUUACAAAGAUUGGGGUUUUAUAUAAUGUGUUGCUGUGACCGUUGCCUUCUACUUGAGUAAUGUAUUUUCAUUAGACAGGGCAAAUUCAGCUAGAACAGCAUCGCCGUAUGAAUGUUUUUUUUAAAUAAUGUUUGUUUUUUAUGCAUCAGAUUAGGGCUGCAUGAUAUUGGGGAAAAACUGCCAUAAACAAGAAACUGCACUAUUUUUUGUUCAGAGAUAUACAGCUCUGGAAAAAAUUUAAAGACCACUUCAGUUUCUGAAUCAGUUUCACUGAUUUUGCUAUUUAUAGGAAUAUGUUUGAGUAAAAUGAACAUCGUUGUUCAUAAACUACCGACAACAUUUCUCCCAAAUUCCAAAAAGAAAUAUUGUAAUUUAAAGCAUUUAUUUGCAGAAAAUGAGAAAUGGCUGAAAUAACAAAAAAAGAUACAGAGCUUUGUAAUUCAAAGAAAA